AUGCAGGCUUUAAAAUGUAAAAAGAAGAUACCUGGACAAAAAAUCUCAAGAGAAGUCCAAAUAUUGAAACAGGUGAAAAGUCUGAACCAAGAUGAGAACCAUAUUGUCAGCUUAGCUGGAUUUGCUGAUUUAGGUGACUGGACUUGCAUUGCUCUACAGAAAUUAGACAUGAACUUACUGGAGUUAAUGGCUCAGAGAAAUUUUAAACCUCUGAAACUCUACGAAAUCAGACCAAUCGCUCGACAAAUGUUUAUGGCUCUAAGUGCACUGAAAGCCAUCAAAGUGGUGCACACCAAUAUAAAACCAGAAAAUGUAAUGCUGAUUGACCAUAAUUUACAGCCUUUCGAAGUUAAGUUGACUGGUUUUGGAAACGCUCAGAAGACCAGGAAAUUAUCAACCACGGCCAUUCCAAAAACGUGUGGAUACAGUGCUCCGGAGACUUUUCUCAACGGUUUUCAAGACGAAACAAUGGACGUGUGGAGUCUUGGCUGCAUGUUGGCUUUCUUAGUUCUUGGCCAGGAUCUGUUCCCAGCAAACAGUGAGUACGAUUAUAUGAGAUGCAUCACGAAAAUCUUAAGUUUGCCUCCCAGUCGAUCGGAAGUGGAUCUAAGUUUGUUGGGUUUAAUGCAUCAAAGGAACAUGGAACCUCUGAGUGUGCAUAACAUCAGAGCCAUCGCUCAACAGAUUUUGGUGUCCCUUGGAGCAUUGAAAGAGGCCGAUUCUCUUGGGUUUUCAGGCAUCUACAUCCAGCCGAUGAUGAAUUACAUGCUUUGA